AGUCUGCGCUGGCGCCAUGCAGCUAACGUGUUGCUAUUUUGUGCCCCCGGGAAGCAGCCAGCCUGUUUGGAAGAAGCUCAAUCUCACUCGUCCUUCUAGCGGGUUCUUUUCUGGCCGCUGUCUGUUCUUACUGCUGUGUAUCAGUCUCCGUACUGAGGCCAAGGUUAAGGAAGUCCAUGCAAUAGUGGGCAACGACGUGAAGCUCAGUUGCGUUGACCCCCUCAGAAGCCAUUUCAACUUGCAUGAUCUGUAUGUCUAUUGGCAAAUCGAUAACCUAAGCGCUGUGGUAGCUUACUAUCUGCCUAACGAGUCUCCAGGGAUCCAUGUGAACAGCUCCUACAAGAACAGGACCCAUCUGUCCCUGGACCACAUGAAGCAGGGCGACUUCUCUCUGCAUCUGAAGAAUGUCACCCCUCAGGAUACUCAGGAGUUCACCUGCCGGGUAUUUAGGGCGUCUACAGUGUUAGGCAAGGCCUUGGAAGAGGUGGUCAGGCUGUAUGUGGCAGCAAACUUCAGUACACCUGUCAUCAGCACCUCUGGUAGCUCCGACCCCGGCCAGGAACGCACCUACACCUGCAUGUCCAAGAAUGGCUACCCAGAGCCCAACUUGUAUUGGAUCAACAGGACAGACAAUAGCCUGAUAGACAAGACUCUGCAGAAUAACACUGUCUACUUGAACGAGUGGGGCCUGUAUGAUGUAGUGAGCACUUUACGGAUCCCUUGGACGCCUCAUGUGGAUGUAAUCUGCUGUGUAGAGAAUGUGGCUCUCCACCAGAAUAUCACCAGCAUCAGCCAGGCAGAUAGUUUCACUGGAAACCAGGUCACAAAGAACCCGCAGGAGCGGCACAAAGUGGAGAUGAGCAGCGCCCUUUUCUCCGGCCUCGUCCUCGUUGUACUACUGGUGGCAGUGGCUGUCAUUUUCGUCGUGGUGUACAGAUGCAGGCGUACCCGCCGAAGCUACACAGGACCCGGGACCGUACAGCUUGAGCUCACAGGCGAGUGUGCUUGCCGGGAGAAUCCGGUUGGCUGAGCUGUUCUGAUCUCUCACACCUUUGGUUGGUAGUUUUCCAUACCUGAUGAUUCCAGAGAUGCAGAAACCCUGUACUGUGGUGGAGACUUCUGGACCCUGCACAGCAGUCUGGCAUAGGUCCCUCCUGCCUCUGCUCUGCAGGACCCUAUAGACUCUGUGACUCUGGCAGCCCAGAGUCCCUUGGUGGAGGUGUACACUCUGUAGUUUCAAGAACAGUUUGCAGGUGGAUUCCGUCAUCUCCAGAGGUGUGGAUUCAUAUCCCGAUUUUGGAAAAACAUCCACAGAGGUAUUUGGUUGACCACAAGGAGAUCCUGGCUUUAAGUACUUUUACUACCUCAAAGUGACUGUGCCCUUCCCAAACCUGGCUUUUUCAUGUUAGAGAUGGUAGUAUAUGUGGUCUCCUUGGUGCAGUGUGGUCUGUUUGCUGACACCUACCACCCCACUCCAGUGGACAAGCUAGUGUCAGGCCACUUUGGAACAAGUGAGUUCUGGGUCACCUGGUCCUAACCCAGUCAUGUGACUGCGAUAGCCAGCUGCUUCUAGUUUUUAGCUCCCCUUUUCCUCACUGGUCUGAGUGCCUGGAAAAAUCAUUUUACUGCCUCCAAAAUUUAAAGCACUGAGCAUGGUUCAGUAGCGUGAGCUUGCCUGACAGGCGGGCAUGAGGAGGCAGGUCCUGCCUUCACCUUCCUCUCUCUUCCCUCCAAGACCAUACCUGACAGGACUCUGCCCAGAAUGUGGACAGGGUUUCUGGGAGAUGUCCCCAGGUGGAUGUCAGACCCAGCUUCAGAGUGGACUCCCAUGGGCCUGGUGACAGAGGACAAGGAGCUGUCUGCUUAUGUGCGGUGGUGGAGGAUGGGCUUUAUGAGACACAGAGGCUUCAUCCUAGAAACGCCGAGGAAGAUCUUUCCAGUGGACAGCAGCAACAUUAUUAGAAUAUGGAGCCUCCAGUGAGCCAUCGCCCCGAGAGGAGGAACAGCUUGUGAG